AUGAGGAACGUUCUUGUGAGGCUGAAGCGAGCGUUCGAGGACUUACAGGCAGCCAGCAUCAAGGGCUGCAUCAACAAGGCCGACCGUCAACUCUACAAGCGUGCGGAGUACAUCAAGGAGCAGCAAGAGGACGAUGCAAGUGAAAGCGAAAGUGACAGGGCCAGUGACAGCGACAUCGACGAAAGUAGCAGUAACUCCAAUCCGACUUUAAUGAGGAACGUUCUUGUGAGGCUGAAGCGAGCGUUCGAGGACUUACAGGCAGCCAGCAUCAAGGGCUGCAUCAACAAGGCCGACCGUCAACUCUACAAGCGUGCGGAGUACAUCAAGGAGCAGCAAGAGGACGAUGCAAGUGAAAGCGAAAGUGACAGGGCCAGUGACAGCGACAUCGACGAAAGUAGCAGUAACUCCAAUCCGACUGACAAUGAGGUCAAGCAAAAGCCCCAUUAA